AGCUCUCGCAGAAACUCGCAAUGCUUCGUGAUCAUUCGUGAUAUAGAUAGCCUCUCAGUGAGCUAACAGAGGACAACGAUGUUCCGAUAGAUUACAGAUUAUAGGGAUACAUUCGCCGCGAAUGUGAAGUUAAGUGCAUUCUUUCCCAUCCUCAUCGCUCCAAUGGAACGUUAAAUCUCGCAGGUAAACGAAAAUCUCCCUACAAGAAAGGAGGAGAAGAGAGACUGAAAGAGGGAGAGGAGACGAAAUGCGGAAACGUAGCUGUGAAUGUGAAUCUCCACUUCGUUCGUUGUUAUUUCCCGAGCAGCAUACGGCUUCUAACGAUCAGUAAUUAGCCUGGCGCAAUGUAAUCAACGUUAUGGACUUGAAAUAAGUCGCCUAUAUUCCCCGGAUCGCAAGACACAUAUUAUGUAUUACAAUUGUUAGCUUUCUCGUAAUCGGACUGGCCCCUUCGUCGACGUUUUGUUGGGGAGUUGAAAGAACAAUCUUCUAAAUGGGGAAGGUUAAGAAGAAAUCGAAAUUGCUGCACUGCAGCAAAUCGAGCAAUAUAUUACGCAACUUACUGUUCAGGGAUUGUGGAUUGCGCACAACGUAUAAAACUAGCACGCGUGAAUUAGAGCCGAUAGCUGAAGCAAAUCUUGUUUUACGCGAUCACAAGGAAUUAAAAUGUGAUUUGCCUGGUAUUCCUAGAGCCACUUUUUUGAUGGUUUUCAGUCCUGAUGGAACCAUGGUAGCGUCUACACAUGGGAACCACAAUGUUUAUAUCACAGAUAUUACUACAGGAAAGAAUAUUAGAACUUUAUCCGGACAUCCACGUACUCCAUGGUGCAUAGCUUUUCACCCGUCCUUCAGUCAGAUCUUAGCAUCUGGCUGUUUAGGAGGUCAAGUUCGCGUUUGGGAUUUAAGUGGUGGUAGUGAAAUUUGGAACGCUGAUAGCCAUACAGUUAUCGCUUCGCUCGCGUUCCAUCCGUUCGAAAGAUUAUUAGUUAUAGCGACAUAUAAUGAAAUUCAUUUCUGGGACUGGAGUAAAUCUCAGCCGUUUGCUGUAGCUGCUACAAAGACCGAUAAGGAAAAAGUGCGAUAUGUAGCUUUCGACAAUUUAGGGCGAAAACUGAUCACGGGAAUUGCGAAUACACCACAAGUUCAAUCGCAAUGGGAUCGAGCUCCCGUAACACAAUUACUUAGAACUAGUUUAAUGAAUUUCAGAUACCAACCACGAGAAGGUCAUCCAGUCUCGGAUAUCGAACUUUCUCCUUGGCAUUUGUGGAAUCAUGGUUCGAUUUAUGGAAGAGGGCUGGCAGACAAUCACGCUACGGAUCGAACUUCCCGAUAUACUUCCCGUGCCUAUCUAUUCAUGCGCAGAGGUCAUGAAAUGUCCAGCUUCUCGCGAUUCACCAAUCAUCAUCAACAGUUCAGGAACAGUGCUUCACGGCAGGAAGAAGCGCGGUUUCAGCGGCGCCGUAAUCUAUCCGAAGAACUGAAUCAAACUAGAGAAGCUACAUCUUAUCCGAAUAUCACGAGAAAUCCUCCUCACCCGCCCAGCAAUCUGGCGAGCACGGACAAUGUCGAAAACAGAUUGGCGGACGACGGCAACGACGACGAUGAUUUGCCGAGCAACUCGACAAGGCUGCGCGACCGAGAGCCUAAUGCGAUCAGCGACAAUAGGGACGAACUGUACGAGCGAUUGAACAACGCUUGGGUAGGAGUGUACGAAAGAUUGCGCCAAGGCAAUUCUUCAGAUCCCGAGAGGAGAAUAAAUUUAUGCUACAGAAAACUCGUCGAUCAAUACGUGACGCUCGUAAGACGUUACUUUGAGGUUUCCAGAAACAGAGAUACGAUCGAUCGUGGUACAGACCCUAUGGAUAUGCCGGAAGCGUCAUCCGUUAAUUCCGAAGAAUCUAAUAACCGAAACGAAUCAGUGGCGAAUGAAUUGUCUAUAUGGAGAUUAAGAAACGAACUGAAUUCUAGCGCACAGGCGAACAGCACGAACCUCGAGAGACUGCAACGGUGUCAGCGCCUGUUACUCGAACGUUCCGAGCAAGAGGAGAUUGGAACCACCCUGCAGAAUUUGAGGGAAGCUUUGAACGCUGCCGCCGAGAAUAAUAGUUCGUGCUUGAUGCGGUUACAGAAACUGCGAGAGAGAUUGCAACGGCAGACCGCGACUUUAUUUGAGCGUUCCAACUCCCGUCUUCAGUUGCUGCGUAACGCUUUGAAUGAUGAAAUCGAAGCGCUCAACAACAUGGAGGCGCAAUUCACUAACACAAGCUCUAGAAUCGAGCGGCUGCGAGAUGAGUUUACGAUGUACGGUAUUCUGUCGCGAAAUCGUCACGUCGCGACAGAGCCUUCGCAGGUGAACUUAAGCGAGGCGGAAUGGCGGGGGCUUAUUCCAAAUGAUGGACAAUUGCCCAGUACCAGUUCCGGGACGCCAUCGAGACCGUCAAAUAGAUCGCAUUCGGAACUCAAUGUGUUUCCCAGCACAAGUUCUGCCGGAGAGAAUGGAGAGGCGACAUACCUUGGGUGGACAACGGUGGAUCAUAGUGAAAACACGAAUACAUUACCGAGAAGCGGGAGAGCCACGAGAAGACGAUUCAGUACUACGAACACUGAGGACGAACCACCGAGGCGGCGAAUGCGUAAAUCAGGAUCGCACGUGGUGUUAUCUCAUUCUAUUGGAGACAGUUCAUCUUCAAGCGACGAAAGCCAUUCGCAAGCAUCGACAUCACGUAGCAGUGUGUCUAACUUUACGGUUUCAACUCACUCAGCAUUUCAACCGAACGUAUCUAAAUCUGUUAUGCAACGUGCAAACUCGCAAAAUCAAGAAACAACAGCCAGUUCUUCUAGAUUGAACGAAGCUGGUGGAAACAGUCCAUCUGAUAAUUUGAAUGAUGAAUCAAAUGAAGAUAAUAUCCAAAAUAGAACAUCAAGGGUUACGCGAGACGCACAAGAGAGACCUCAAGAAUUUAAUAGGCAAAGAAAUUCACCCCUACUCAGGAGAGUGCUAGGUGUUCUCCAACGAAAUUUCCAUGCAGAUCGGGCGGAAAGUAAUAACACCACGCAACAAGUAUCAUUAGAUGAUUCGGAGAACGGAUAUUGGCUGCUCGAGGAGAACAGUAAUUCAGACUCGAACUUGGACGAUGCUAACCCCAACACUAAUUCGAGUUCUCGUCGAUGGACAAGUCGAUGGAUACCGUUAGAUACUUCCACCAGAAACUCAGAGUAUGUUAACGAUUUAACGGACGAACAAAUUCGAUCGAGAUCUCUUUCGGAGGAUGCGGAUCAGAAUGUCAGUGAUAGACACAGAGAUCGAAGGAAUCAAUUGUCGCCUGUGUCUGCGAAUUCUGCUCGUUACGAACAACCGCCGUUGUUCCCGUUCAGAAGCUUACGCGAGAACCAAUCUCAAAGAGCAGGGCAGAAUCAAAUGUGUAACACUGACAAUUCGGAUCCAAACAGCGCUCCGUUUCAGUCGCAAGUCUCUGGUUCACACGUAGCGAAUACGACAUUAACGGAGAGCGUCGACGAUGCUGUUGCAACGAGAAUUGCAAAUGACGCUAAUCGUGAGAACGAGUCGACAUCAGGCGACAGGCAACAGCAGCAAAACCAAGACCACCAGCGUAAUACGGACGACACGAAUUUCGAUUCUAGCGACACAGACACGAUAAUACUCGAUGCUGGCAACGUAGAUCCGAGAGAGAGCUCGUUGGGAGUUCGGCAAGGGAUUCAACUACUCAAUCGUCAUAUUGACAACAUGCAACGCUUGUGCCGAGCACGCUUGGAAAUUGUUCAAUUGUGCCAAGUUCGAAAAAUGUGGGAAGAUCUGCAACGACAGAUACGAUCGUUGCACGUGACAGUUCGCGUGGAAAGACAAAACGGCGAUCAGACGGAAGCGCAGAGGGAUAACGUCACCAGCAAUCCCGGCCCGUCUACGUCGGCUGCAAAUUCGCCGAGCGAAUCUGCGAGGAACUUCAAGAAAACUCUCCUGGAGAAUUAUCAAAGGGAAAGUAGCGCGGCAGAUCAUGACGCGAGAUCGUACGAUCCGAGUCAACCGUCCACCUCGAGAGGAAUAACCAGCCACGAGAGAAACCACGAGGCAACGUCGUCGUCUGGCAAUCCUCGUAACGUCGAGGAGAGCACGACCAACAUGAGUCUCUCGAGUCUGUUGCCGAGCGACGCUGAAUUACGACGGAUGCAAUGUCUCAAGCUGAACGAGAUGCUAGACGGUCUCUACGCCCGGCUGACGUCGCGUUGCCAGAAUUGCGAUUCCCGCGUCGGCGACGCGUCGCAAGCGACCAACGAUCACACGUACUCGAAUUUAACGAUCGAUGGCGACGUACAAUUGCCCAGUAUGUCUAGCGUUGUGUCGAAUAUCGGAGCCAGUUCGAGCUUACCGGCGGUCACCGCGAUAACAACACCGACGACGGAGUCAUCGGAACCGUUACCCAGCAUCUCGAGUUUCGUUACCGGUAUCGAUCGUGUCGACUCCAAUGGAUCCGUUCAAACGUCGCACGCGAAUACCGAUUAUCUCGCAACUGGCGUCUCAACCGAUAACAACAACGGCGGCAAUGAUCAGAAUAAUGUCAGUCCCACGACUACGCAAUAUUCGGUGAACCAAGGUGGGAGUUCAGCUUCCCCAUCGUCAUCCGAAUCGUCUAACAGUAAUUCUAGCAGACUUCGUUGUAGGCAGAAGAUGUAUCUCAGACGCUUAAAGCUAUGGUCAUCGAGAUCGCAUCGUUGCACAAGACAGAGUCCUAGACCUCAAUCCACCAAUAAUCCGUUUCGUCAUUGCGAGCAUGUCAGAAGACCGUGGCAUUUACGCAGGAAUGCAACCCAGAAUAACAACAAUAGUAACAAUGAUUAUUUGGACAUGGAUAUAGAUGUUCGGAAUCGAAUGCGAAGCUCGAACACGUCUGAGUAUUUGCAAAAAAUGAUUCUACGACUGGAAUGGCUCGUUCAACAGCAGAGAGCUUUAGCACGAAACAGCAAUGUUAAUAGAGGAUUGAACGGCGAUAGUCAUCAAUCGGAAACCAACAGAGAAAAUGAUAAUCGCGAAAUGGAAGAGAUUCGUGAAGCUACAAGAUUAAGAGCUAGACAAGUUCUCGGUUUGAUGGUAAGAUCUUUGAUUCAAUUCUUCGAAGUAACAAAAUCAGGGAAUGGCUCCCAAAGCAAUGUUCUCUACGAACAGAUGUACAAAAUGUAUGUACUGCUACAUCUGGCAUUGGAAUUAACAGACUUGCUGCUAGCACAGCUAGUAAUAACAAGACGCGAAUUGGAAUCUAGUCAAUAUGGACCUUUUACUCCUGAUUUGUCGGUCGACAAUCAGAACAGAGGAGACACGCGUAAUAAUGACAGCGUCGACAAUAGUCUGCAAACGGAAAGUAAUCGCGCAAAUGAUAACACGGGAAGGCGAAACACGAACAGGGAGAAGUUCUCGAGAAGCCGCGAUACGCCGAGUGUAUCUGGCGCGACUUAUCGAGAAACUGCAGAGGAUCUCUUCUCUAUACACAGGAACAGGCGUUACCGUGGCAUGGCGCAACAAUUGAAACAACUAUUUUGCCAUCACCGGGAAACGGAAAACGUUAACACGUCAUCUGGAAGUCAGACUAGUAAUUCAGUAGUAACUAGAUCUAGUGACAACGGCGACGACAACAAUUCCGACUACAAUGCUCAAAACGAAGAUAAUCGACAGUCAAUUUCCGAGAACGCCUUGUCGGCGGAAGUGCAGAGUAUCGUGGAAAGAAUUCAAAGCGGCGGCUCGAUCGACAAUGACAGUGAGAUUAGAAUGGGAGUUGAGAAUCGCACGAUCGACGCCGCUAGCGAUACGCGCAACUCAAAUGAGAGCUAUCGGCGGAAUCACAGAAACGCCACGGUAUCCGAGCCGACGGUGCGACGCGCCAACGAAGCGAGAAACACACAGGAAAGCGACGUUGGAACGAAUUGGCGGACCGUCACUUAUACCUCAUCGGGUGAUGAACAAAAUGGCAGAUCUUCGCAUCAAUCGUAUCCGAGAUCUCUCAUUAGAGAUCGUUCCCUUUUUCGGUGGUCCUUUCGCCAGAUUGUGCGUCCUCUGCGCACAUCCGAAUUUGGCGCACCUGGGAGCCGCAGAUUUCCCUACAGCAAUGAGGGCGCGUCUUUAAGACGAGAGUUCAACGUUCCCGAAUUGCAAGUGAACAGUGUGCCUGUGACUGUGCACGAUUUGGAGAAUCUGUCGGCUAAUCUCCGAAGACGACAAAACACGCCACCGACACCGCCGCACACACCUCCGCCAUACCUGAUCUCACCUAAUCUCAACAAUCUCAUCCAUAACAAUGAUGGUAGAAACAACGAUUGGACGAGUGACUCGACAGAUCAACCUGGUCCCAGUUGGGCCGCACAGCCGAAUAACAACAGAAGUCGGAUGUUGACUCCAUCGUUCCUAGCAUUAUGGCGCAAUCGGUUUGCAUCUCCUUUUCUUCGUUAUCCUGAAGGAGCAUGGAAUAUAGAAGGUACUGGUGCCAAUCUUGGUGAUGGUGGCAACGAUGGUGGUGACGAUGGAGCCAGAGGAAGAGGAGGAGGAAGAGGAAACGGAGGAAGAGGAGGAGGAGGAGGAGGCGGUGGAGGAGGCGGAGGAGGCGGAGGCGGCGGAGGUGGUGAUGGUGAUGGUAAUGGUGAUGGUAAUGGUAAUGGUAAUGGUGAUGGUGAUGGUGAAGGUGAUGAUGAUGGUGAUGGUGACGGUGACGGCGGUGAUGGUGCUGCUGGUGCUGGGAGAAGAGGUGGAAGAGGAGAAGGAAGAGGAAGAGAAAGAGAAAGUGAAGAAAGAGCAGGAGAAAGAGGAGGAGGAAGAGGAGAAAGACAAGCGGGAGGACAAGAUCCAGAAAAUGAUGAUAAUGAUUAUUGGACCAUCGGUAAUGAACCUACUUUUUUUCAUUUACCCACUGGCAUGUCAUUCAAUUCAGCGCUGGAAAUUCAGAGUUAUCGCGUUCAAGCGUGGGAUUUUUCAAAUGGAGAUAUACCUGAUAUUACAGACUCCGAGAAAAAUGUUGUGGUACGCGAAUGUAAGAUUCAUAAUGAUGCCAGUAUCGACAUAUCUGCGGACGGAAAAUUGCUGGCAACACUUCUGCCAUCGUCGGGUCGUAUCAAUAUGACGACUAUGUUAGGUAUUUAUAGUCUGCAGUGGGAAACGCUGGGCGAAAGAAUUUAUUCCACCAAGAUCGAUCAAACAGUAGUGUCUGUUUCUAUAUCACCUACGCAACAGCAUCUCCUGGUGGGUUUGGCACGUAGGAUUCAUGUUCCUGCGAGACCUUUCCCGAUGGCUCUAAUCUACAAGCUGAAGGAGAAACAACCUAACGAGAAGGUUUCACCAACCGAUUCGACCGUGGAGUCGGCAUACGAUUCCUCCGACGAGAUACUUGACGAUAACAUUUCAAUAAAUAACAGUACUAUGCGACGAAGCAACGCUACAGUCAGCAAUUAUAGAUCGCACAAUCGAGAUUGGCGAAUUCGAAACGAUUUGGACAUUAAACCUAACAGGGAAAGUAUGGCUCUUAUUCGAGAAUUGUUGCAAAGCAGUCGGGAGACCUCGGGUUACGUCAGUCUAAAUUGCAUUAGAUGGGCCCCACAGCCGGGUCAAGGAAUGGUUUAUGCUACGAAUACCGGGCAGUUGAAUAUUCUACAGUGAUUCUGCGCUCGUAAUAGAUGGAGAUGGAAGUAAACGUUUCCUCGCAUUAUAAACGAUGCUUUACAAAAUGAAUGUAUUGUAUGCACUAAGGUUGGUAUACGUUGAACGAAUGAACAACAACCAGCAAUAAAUGUAAAUUUUGGAAUGUUUGGAA